AUGAGGCAUGCUCCAAAAGGCCUUGUGAAGGGUGGGGUCGGGCAAGAGGCAGCGAGUUCAGCGGCUGCCAAGGCAGCUGGGAAAGCAGCAUGCCUGGGGGUGGCCUCGGCUGACUCUCCUCCGCUCCAAGCCCCUCCUCGCUUCUUCUCCAGGAGGGAGAAGGCGCUGUUUGGGAAGCAAGAGGGCCCUUCCUUCUCGCCCACUCGGGAGCGUGGGGUUGGAGUGCCUUCUUGGGUGGAGAUCGCGGAGAGGAUCCGCUCCGGAAAGAGAGGAGAGCCAAACUGGAGAGUAAACUCCCUUGGAAAGGAAAAGGACAAGGAAAGGAAGCCCGGGGAUGCCAACGCUCGCCUUUGGGGCUUCCUAGCUUUGCAUCAAGGCAACGAGGGAAGCCCAACUCGAUGCUCUUCUGAAUCUCCACCUUCUUGGAGGCCAGCCCGAGCCAUGGACAACGAGACCAGCCAGGGCUUCGAGUACUACGAGGAUAGCGACGACAACUCAAAUAGCACCUGUAACGAUUUGCUGGAAAUAGAGUAUUUUAUACGGUUUUCACUUAUUCCAUCGGCUUUCAUCAUCUUAGUGCUGAGUUGUCUUGAGACAAGAGUAAGAAGAUGUUGUUUUGAUGAAAAAUGUCCUACGCUUAGUGGAUUUAUUGGCGUUGUCACACCCCUUGACAGAAAUGUGUACAGCAACCGGUGGUCCCUUGGAUGUGCAUUUGGAGUUACUGCUAAUAAAGUGAUGUUCCUGUUUGACAAGGAUUACAUUCCAGAUUUUCUACCGAAUUGGGCUGUUGUUUUUUGGGUCAUACUCACAGCCAUUGAAGUGGGCGUUGCUAUGUACCCUUUCUUUGCCUGUCUUUCCUCGAGGUACCCAAUUGUAGGAGCUGUGUUAGGAUUUCUUUACACAGUAGCAUGGUUGGUAAUUACAAUCGUAGAUAUUACGCGGUGCCCCGAGGAAGAUACGGUUGGAGGAUAUAACAACAUAAUUAUAUUAUGGCCAUCCCUGGUAUGCUAUGUUUUGCUGCUAGGAAAAUUUAUUUUUAUUCUUGUGAAAGAUGUGAGAGAUCUUCUUGGCCUGGAGUCUGUAAGGGAGGAUAAUUUUCUUCUGGAGGAUCAUCAGGCACAGUGUGUUCAACUUCUGUUGAGGAAGCCUCCACUACAGCAGCUACAGAAAUCCUGGAUCAAAAGCAGGCUGUAUGAAUGGGAUUCCAACUUUAAAUUCCCAAGCAGGAUGAUCAGUACAUCAGUGCUUGUCGUCAUCUGCCUUUACAUGGUAAUGGAGCUCCAUAGGGUGAUUCUAUCAGCAAGAAAACAGUUGCUUAGUAUAUCAGUUGCUAAACAGGAAAACAUUUCCACCUCAGCUUUUGCUUUUAAGAUAUUCAGACUAAUUGUUGCUGUUUCAUAUGUCCUCCAGGUUGCCACUUACGAAUAUAUUUUUGUCGCCUGGGUUAUUCGAACAUUCAGUCCUGUACUCGAUGGUUUUGCUGCAUCGAUAUUUGCUGAUGGAUCUCCAAAAACCAAAGAAAUUUACUCUGCUAUUCAAGAAUUUGGAAGUGUCUUAAAAGGUGUUUGGCAGUUCAGCUUGAUUACUUCCAGUUUCACAUGCUUCAUUUAUGUAGCUCAUCUCUUAGUCUGCUACAGAACACAAAUAAGGCUGCUCCGUGCAGGCAAGAAAUCUCUUUUUCUGUCAGAUGAUUUUAAGGUGUCGCCUCCUCACAGUGUGGUUUCAUCAGGAAAAUUUACCUCUUGGCAAGUUGCUUAUAUAUUAUGGGGAUUUUCAGUCAUGCAGCUUGUGAUUAUGGUGUUUGGCAUGGUCAUCAUGUAUAUUAUAAUUUUGCCCAUGAAGCAUGGUCAGUGGAAGCAACUUCUUGACAAAUGGGGAACUGUCAUCCUUUCUCUUGCUAUUGUUAUGUUUAUCAAGAAGAUGCAAGUUUAUUUGGCUGGCAUUUUUUUCCUUCAGCCGAAGCUUUCGCCAAAAGACAAGCAAAAACCUUUGGCACUUGAUAACAGGUUAGUGUCAGGAACCAAGAGCCUUCCUGUGAUUCAUUUCCUGGAAUAAAGCUUUUCCACUGGACACCACCACCCCAUUGUUGAAAGAUACUGAAAGAUACCCCACUCCCUCCCCCUGCCAGUGUUUCCUCUCAAACAUGCUAAACUGUCUGCUUGUCUUUUUUGUUUG